UAUAGUGACAGUUUGGCAAAUCCUUAUCGAAUCAACAAGAAAGAAUCGAAAUUUAUAUGAUUUGCUGGAGAACUUGUUAACCCACAUCGAUGUCUCCCUGGUUAUACAUUCUAAAUGGUUUGCUGUUCCUCGCUUUCUUCCUCAAAUUGUUCAAUAUUCUCACCAGAAGCAAACUUUCUCAAGAGAGAGGACAUUCUUGUCCUGUCUAUGAGGAGAUGGAUGAUCUAGCAUCCGGGGUGGACACGAUCACCACUUUGCCUCGUAGCAUAAUCGAGAACAUUCUUAGUCGUUUGCCUCUGCGAGAGAUGGUGAGGACUAGCCUAUUAUCGAGGGAAUGGAAGCACAGAUGGCUCACCUGCCCAGAACUCGUGUUUGAUGUUUGCUUCGACCAGAUGUUCUUGAAAGGUCGCGAGCUUAACCCAAUUAUUCACCAUGUUCUGAGGCAUCAUCGAGGACCUCUUCUGAGAUUCACGGUCCAAGUCCCUUCUCUCAGAAGUUGCCCUGAAAUCGAUGAAUGGCUUCACCUCCUCCCAAACGACACCCUCCAGGACUUAUUUCUCCGUGUCUCCAUUGGUGGGGAACAUAGGCUAACGACUCAUCUCUUCACUUUCCGACACCUAAGAAACUUGAGGCUCGAGAGCUGUACAUUUGACCCUCCUCUCGGAUUUGAGGGAUUCAACAAGCUUGUGACCCUCCAGCUUCAGAAUGUUGGUCUCGUUCCCGACAGGUUUGGGGAUUUCUUGGCGUCUUGCUCUGCAAUCCAAACACUGAUACUGUUCCACUGUACUUCCUUCAAUUGCCUUGAAAUCACCGGUCCCAGAUUGAAACUUUUCGAGUUUAAUGGGAUAUUUAUUUCCAUUUCUUUCAAGAACUGCCCCCUUCUUAGAGAUGUUAGAUUGGCUUUCUCGCCCGAGUCCAACGUGGAAAAUGGCUUCUCGUUUAGCUUGGCAGAGUCCCUAAGCUGUCUCCCUGCACUUGAGGAGCUAGAACUGCAAGCAAACGCGUUGGAGGGCCUUUUUAGGUAUGGUGCAGCGCCCGAAAAACUGGCCGUUGCAUUGAAAUCACUGAAAAAUCUUCACCUCACCAAUAUGUAUUUCGAAAAGAUUGCAGAGAUUGCAUCUGCAAUUUCCAUCAUCAGAAGCUGUCCCAUUUUACAGAAACUUAGAAUCACAGGUUAUACCUAUGAAGCGGUCGACUCAGUUGCCGGUUUCCUGCGAUCACAAGAACCAUUGAAGUGUUUGGCUCGGCUUAAGUCCAUCAAGAUGCAGCUCUUCUGUGGGAACGACUCCGAAAUGGAGUUCCUCAAAUAUAUGUUAUCCUCUGCAGCUGCACUCGAGGAAAUAGCAAUCGCUCCUCACCCAGGUUGCAUCACAGACGGGGGAGAGGCAAUCUUGAACGAGCUUAAACAGUACCCUCGAGCAUCCUCAAGGGCCGAAUUCAUCAGCCUAGACGGACACACCCGGUAAAGUGGUGAGGUGAAACCACCUCAUUGCAUAGAACAUCUUGAACAUCAAUCGUGCAUCUGGACCACGGGCAAGAUGCUGCUCCGGAUGCGUUGGACUCGCGCAAGCCAGGCAGUAAGACAGACACCUGAGAAGGAUUCAAGAGAGGGCCAAAGGCUAGAGCAAGAAUAUAAGGAGCAAAGAACGAAAUUCGGACCAAGAAAAGGGAGAACCGAGUGAUGAAGCUUGGUUACCUAAAAUUGAGUCCAGUAUUCGAGAACAUUCUACCUUGGUCGGGUAGGAUUGGUCCAUAUAGUGAUGCCGGUUUUAAAACCCAGUUCGAUCCAGAUUUGAGUAAUAGCUCAUGCAUCAGCCUCCCAGUACGGAGAAAGAACGAAAAAAUGUAGACGUCCAGAGCUGAAGAAAGGAUUGAAGCUUCAUCUGCCAUGGUAUUCAAAAUAAUUAACAUUGUAAAUGUGACCAUCACGAGUUGCUAGAUCUUCGAAUAGCUCCUAGUUUAUAGUAGAGUUUGAUUAAACAUGUUUACCCUUUAUUGUAAGUUCUAAUUUGAUAAGAUUUGUAUUUUGUGUCA